GUGAAAGCUUUACGUACGCCUUUACCCCGGCAUUAAGCAACCUAGCUGAAGCAAUUCGACCACUAUAAAUUCAUCAAAGGUGCAGUGGGCGGAAGUGUUCUAAUAUUAAUUACAUGCAAAACCAGAUUAAUUAUUUUAGUCCGUGAAAUAAAUAAAUAAAUAAAUAAAUUCAAGAUACUAGUUAGCUAGCUAUCACAAUUAACGAGCAAUAAUUAAAGUUCGGCCGGGAUGGGGAUUUUGUCGUCGGAGAAGGUUGCUACGGCCGAGGACUGGCAAAGGGCAAUGAACAAGGUAGUUCAGGCGGUGGUCGCGAUCAGCGUCACCGCCUGCCGAGCUUUCGACACCGAGUCCGCCGGUUCUUCGACCGCAACUGGCUUUGUUGUCGAUAAGCGCCGCGGAAUUAUUCUUACUAACAGGCAUGUUGUUAGUCCUGGACCCGUGGUGGCCGAAGCUAUGUUUAUGAACAAUGAAGAAAUUCCUAUCUAUCCAAUAUACAGAGACCCGGUUCAUGAUUUUGGUUUUUUUCGCUAUGAUCCUGAUGCAAUAAAAUUUCAUGAUUAUGAGGAAAUCCCUCUUGCUCCCGAGGCUGUUCAUGUAGGCCUUGAAAUAACGGAAAUUGUCCUAAAUAGGACUAAAAAGUUCCUAAAAAGCACAAAUAGGACUACUAUUUUUAAAAUUCCCUAAAUAGGACUAAACAUUGAUUUUCUACCCUAAAUACCCCUAAGAGUAUUAAUUCAUAAUGAAAUGCUUUAAUUCAUAAUAAAAUCAGAAAAAACGUAAAAAAAUAUUUAAAAAACGUAAAAAAAUUAAAAAAAAAUUAUAAAACAUUUAUAAAAUAAAAAAUUUAAUUUUUUAUUUUUUUAUUUUUUUUAAAAAAAUAAUAAAAAAUAGUAAAAACCCAUAAAAAAUGAAAAAAAUUAUGGAUACCUUUCUCACCGCCUCCCGCCGCCUCCCAGCACCACCACCUCCGAUUGGUGAAAUUUCUUCCACUUUUGAUAAAAAAAUGCCAUAUUUUUCUGAAAAUGCCAAAAAGAUGGCAUAAUUACUCUUCAAUAUGCCAACAUUUUCAUUGAUUAUGCCAUCAUUAUGGCAUUAUUUAAAAUGUUGGCAUAUUUUUGUCCGGUGAUGGGAGAUAGUGGUGUUGGGGGUGGCAGGGGUGGUAAUGUGUUUUUUUUAAUUUUAUGAUUUUUUUUUUAUUUUUUUUUUAAAAAAAAUUUUUUUAUUUUUUUUUUAAAAAAAUAUUUUUUAUUUUUUUUUAAAAAAUAUUUUUAUUAAUUUUCUAUUAUUUUUUUUACGAUUUUUAGUAUUUUUUUCGAUUUUUAUUAAUUUUUUUAUGAUUUUAUUAUUAAUUAAAACAUUUCACAAGUUACAAGGGUAUAUUUGUCCAAACACACAUAAAUAGUCCUAUUAAGGGAAUUUAAAAAAUGUAGUCCUAUUUGUGCAAUUUUUCCACUUUUUAGUCCUAUUUAGGGAAUUCAUGUAGGCCUUGAAAUAAGGGUAGUUGGGAAUGAUAGUGGAGAGAAGUAAUCAGUGGGAAAAAUCAAUCGGCCAAGUAGGCGGGCUAGGCUGCCAUCUAGGUGGCUAGGCGGGCUAUGUGGUAGUUAGACUGCCCGGACUAAAUUUGUUCUCGAAUCAACUUGUUUUCCCAUUUUGUCUUAAAACACCAUUUGAUACGUAUCUAUUUUGGCCGGCACCCUUGCUCGUUUAGAUAGAGAUGCUCCUAGUUACAUGUAUAAUGGCUACAAUGACUUCAAUACAUUCUACAUACAAGCUGCAUCUGGGACUAAAGGUGGUUCAAGUGGAUCUCCAGUAGUUGACUGGCAGGGCAGAGCAGUUGCUUUAAAUGCAGGGGGCAAUACAUCAGGCGCCUCUGCCUUUUUCCUUCCGUUAGACCGAGUUGUCAGGGCUUUAGUUUUCUUACAACAAGGAAGAGAUUCUACACACAAAUGGGAGGCAGUAUCUAUUCCUCGUGGCACGCUUCAGGUUACAUUUGUCCACAAAGGAUUUGAUGAGACCCGUCGCCUUGGGGUUCAAAGUGAAACAGAACAGUUGGUACGAAGCUCAUCUCGUCCAGGGGAAACUGGAAUGCUUGUUGUUGAUUCCGUGGUGCCUUGUGGCCCAGCUUAUAAUCACUUAAAGCCCGGUGAUGUGCUUGUUUGUAUGCAUGGGAAGGUGACUACACAUUUCCUCGAGAUGGAAACUCUACUUGAUGACAGUGUUGGACAGAAUGUCGAACUUAAAAUUGAAAGAGCUGGUGCCUCAUUGAUUAUUGAAUUAGUGGUCCAGAAUUUGCACUCAAUAACUCCUGACUGCUUCUUGGAAGUUAGUGGUGCAGUGAUACACUCCCUUUCAUAUCAACAGGCUCGAAAUUUCAAUCUUCAAUGUGGCCUUGUCUAUGUUGCAGAGUCAGGAUAUAUGCUGUCUAGAGCUGGGGUUCCUAAACACUCAAUCAUUAAGACAUUCGCAGGCAAAGUUAUUCAAAUCUUGAGGAGUUGAUACUUGUCCUAUCUAACUUGACUAGGGGCUCAAGAGUACCACUUGAGUACAUAAUCAGCACAGACCGUCACCGAAUACAAUCUGUGUUAGUCACAGUCGACCGCCAGGAGUGGCAUGCCCCUCCUCUUAUUUACACUCGUGAUGACGGUUCUGGAUUAUGGUUCACUAAGCCGGCUGUACUGCCUGACUGUGUUUUCCUUUCUGACAUAGUUCCUGCCAAGAAGGAUUUGCUGAGUUAUAGUUUGCCUCAACAUGUUAGCAAAGUGUCAAACAAUGGUGUUAUAGAUAUGGAAUCUAGUUAUGAAAUCACAGUAAAGGGACCUCAAUCUCAGGACGAUAUUGAUUCUGGUAUAAAGAAAAGAAUGGUAGAAGAAAAUUCAUCCGCUGAUGGAACAGAAGCAGUUAAUUUCUCAGUUGCUGAGCAUGUGAUUGAGCCUACUCUUGUUAUGUGUGAGGUUCAUGUUCCAGGAUCAUGUAUGCUGGAGACUGUCCACAAGCUACAAUCUUUUGGUACUGGAGUGAUUGUAUACCACUCACAAAGCAUGGGUCUGGUUGCUGUAGAUAAGAACACUGUUGUAGUAUCACUUUGCGAUGUCAUUCUGUCAUUUGCUGCUUUUCCUAUUGAAAUACCUGGGGAGGUAGUCUUCUUUGAUCCUGUCUACAAUUUUGCUCUUGUUGCAUAUGACCCUUCUGCACUUGGACCUGGUGGUUACUCUGCAGUUCAUGCCGUUGAGCUUCUCCCUGAGCCCCUGCUUCGUCGUGGUGAUUCAGUGUCACUUGUGGGAUUAAGCACAAGCAUGCAGGCAAUCUCUAGGAAAUCAAUUGUUACAAAUCCUUAUGCCGCUCUGAAUAUUGAAUCAACCGAUUGUCCACAAUAUAGAGCGAUAAACAUGGAAGUUAUUGAGCUUGACACUGAUUUUGGUAAUACAUUUACUGGCGUGCUAACUGAUGAGCGUGGAAGAGUUCAAGCCUUAUGGGGAAGCUUUUCAUACCAGCGGAAGCAUUCUUCUGGUACGGUUACAAAUUAUCAAGAUGUUCAUGGAAUUCCAAUAUAUGCCAUAAGUCGAGUUCUUGAAAAAAUUAUUUCUGGUGCCAAUGGACCUUUUCGCCUUAUAAAUGGUGUCAGAAGGCCUUUGCCACUAAUGAGAAUAUUAGAAGUUGAACUUUAUCCUACAUUACUUUCCAAGGCCCGUGUUUUUGGAUUAAGCGACACUUGGAUCCAGGCCCUUGUGAAAAAAGACUCUACUAGACGACGGGCUUUAAAGGUCAAAAGUUGUUUUGCUGGCUCAAGUGCUGAAAAAUUACUAGAACAAGGUGACAUAUUAUUGGCCAUCAACAAGGAGCCAGUUACUUGCUUUCGUGACAUUGAAGAUGCUUGCCAAACAUUAUAUAGUGGUGAUGGAAAACUGUGCAUUACCAUAUUUCGUCAGGGGGCUGAAAUGGAACUACUUGUUGGAACAGAUAUGAGGGAUGGUAAUGGAACCACACAUGCAAUAAAUUGGUGUGGGUGUACUGUCCAAUAUCCUCACCCUUCUGUCCGCGCACUUGGAUUUCUUCCCAACGAAGGCCACGGUGUAUAUGUGACAACUUGGAGAAGGGGUAGCCCUGCACAUCGGUAUGGUUUGUAUUCUCUUCGGUGGAUUGUUGAAAUAAAUGGAAAAUCAACUCCUAAUUUGGAUGCUUUUAUUGGGAUUAUUAAGGGAUUAGAACAUGAGGAGUUUGUUCGUGUAAGAACGGUAAAAUUGAAUGGCAAGGACCAAGUGCUUACAUUGAAACAAGAUUUACACUACUGGCCAACAUUGGACAUCAGGUUUGAUCCUGAAACAGGCAUGUGGCGACGCAAGAUCAUCAAGGGGUUGGACUUUGGUUCUAUGUGAAAGAGCCCUCCCCUCACCCCCAACAGAAAGAAUCUUGUUUGUUGUACUGGUUUGAGGAUCACUAACACCUGCCCUUUUUCACUGAUUUCAGUUGCACAUUGCGUGGUAGAACAUUGUCCAAUUAGUCAUUUAAUGUGUGCUAAAUACUAGGAUAUGCAGUUAAUAUAAAAUCGAAGUAUCGUAAACUGUCUUAUAUAUAUUUAAUAUAAAGUCGUAGUGCAGUAAACUUUGUUAUGAUGUUAAGUUGUUUCCUUUUACUUUUAUAUACUACGUAGUUCUUACGUAGUACAGUAUAUUUUAAUAGAAAUGUACUCCGUAUGAUUCAAUUUGAUCUCGACAUUCGAUU